AUGAUCGGCACACCUUCCCCAAUUUUCCUCAUUUUGGUGGCUUCCUCACCCAACCCAAACCCUCGACUCUCAAUUCUGUUCUUCGCAACAAUAUUGUCUUUCCUCUGCAAGGCCUCCAUUCUCUGCCUCUCCUCGUCACGUUUGGUGGCUGACUUCGAUUGGGUUAGUGGCCGCGCUCUCGGGAACCCCAGCGGCAUCACCCGCAUCGGGGACUAUAGCAUCGGAAGACUGGACCUUUCCGGUGAGGUAGUCGAGGAGGGGCUUCCGGUCGGGGAGGGUGACGGCGGGGAUGCGGAGAGCGCGAGCGUUCUGGAUGUAGUCGGUGUGCUUGAGGUGGUGGUUGGUGACGAAGUGGACGAGGGUCUCAAGCGUGUAGCGGCGCGUGUUCUGCGCGUGCUUGGAGCGGUAGGCGGUCUCGAUGGUAGCUGGGAAUGA